AUGGCCAGCACCACUCAAGCCCUCAUUCAAAAACACAACGAGGCGAAGAAGCUCUAUGAGCUCAAGAUGAAGAAGCUAAAAGCUCACUGCAAUCUUCUAUUGGCGGCUGGAUUGCCAUCACUCCUUCUCGAGUCACCACAUAAACAUCCGCCUCAACGUUCUGCUCGCGCACAUGCGCUUGGCGAUUCCAGUGAGCGCGUGAAGCUGGAUCCCAGCCUAGAGCAGUUCCUGCGCGUUUUCAUAGUCACAUGGAUUGACACGGCGAUGCGAAUUCCAGCUGGACAGUCGUGGGCAAGCAAGCACUUUGUCGGCAAGAUUUGGAAGCGUAGCAGUCGCUACGACCUGAUCAAGUUCAGUAAGCAGCCCAAGAAACGCAUGGAAGAUCUCGUCAAGAAGUUAGAAUCGUGCGUCACCAAGCCCGAGUGUACGGCGCAAGAAUUCUGGGAGUUGGCAAAACUGCAGGAUGCGGCGACGCAGAAGAAACAUGGGGCAUGCUGGGCCAUGCAGGCCACCAUCCACCGAGAGAAGAUGGCCGGAAUGACGGAGAAGAAGGAGCGUGCUGGAGAGGCGGCUGCUGCCUUGGCGGAUGGCGGGUUGACCAUGGGGUUCGGUGGACUGGGAUUUGGUGACGAGGUGCCGAACUUCCUGUGCGAAGAGUCGUUCGAGCAGCCGCUGGUGAAAGCGCUCUUGACACCUGUGCCCGAGAACAUCAAAGUUCUCAGGCCAGAGGACCCGAUGAAGGAGAUGUGGUGGAUGAGCCAGGAAGAUGCUGAGAGGUUCCUGACGGCUGUGGUCGAGGUUGUUGAAGGCCGACAACAGGUUGAUGAGCUGGCGGAGGCCCUUGGCGGGAUGUCUUUUCUUGGUGUGUAG